AUCCCACUCUCUCUCUGUACCAUCCUGCCCUGCCCAUACCACUUCAUGGUGCCCACACACGGUGCCAAAUUUACACAAUUCUGCUCCCUCAUCCUGAUCCCAUCCCACUCUGAGCCCCUGUCUGAUCCCCCAUGUCUCUGCUCCCCAGGAGAGGCGGGACUGGCACCCUGUCUCCAGGAUACCACCCUCCCUCCCCACCAGUUGCAGCUGGGAUAGCUUCUCAUCCCACCUGCCUGUGGGUACUUAAGAGCCAGAGGCAGCCCGGGAGAGCCUGUGCAGAUCACAAUGGCUACAGGGGAGCAGAAGCAACAGGAGCGACGCAAGCAGAAGGCUCGGCAGCAAGAGCUGCUCCGGGCAGAGAUCGUGGGCAAGCAUCCCCUGCAGAACAGAUGGGCACUGUGGUUUUUCAAGAAUGACAAGAGCAAGAUGUGGCAGGCAAACCUGCGCCUCAUCACCAAAUUCAGCACUGUGGAGGACUUCUGGGCGCUGUACAGUCACAUUCAGCUUGCCAGCAAGCUCGCAGCUGGCUGUGACUACUCCCUCUUCAAGGAUGGAAUUGAGCCCAUGUGGGAGGACAGCCAGAACAAGCGUGGUGGGCGCUGGCUCAUCACCCUGGCCAAGCAGCAGCGGCACACUGAGCUGGACCGGUUCUGGCUGGACACACUGCUGUGCCUCAUUGGGGAGAUGUUUGAUGAGUACAGCGACGAGGUGUGUGGGGCCGUCAUCAACAUCCGCACCAAGGGGGACAAGAUUGCCAUCUGGACCCGGGAAGCGGAGAACCAGGAAGGGGUCACCCACAUUGGGCGUGUCUACAAGGAGCACCUGGGCCUGUCACAAAAGGUGGCUAUUGGCUACCAAGCUCAUGCGGACACAGCCACCAAGAGCAGCUCCCUUUCCAAGACUAAGUUUGUGGUGUGA